UUGCUCUCCAAGUCCCAACACAUUCACACUCUGUAAAGACUCGGUUCUCUCAGUUUGCUGCUCUCUUUGUGUUCAAGAAAGUGGUCGUGCGAAGACGAAACAGACUUUUGACUUGCUCCAGAGAUGUCAAGCGAAGUCCCCAAUCUUCCUCGCGAUGUGAUGUUCGACAUCCUCUCAAGAGUACCCAUCAAAUCUCUCCUGCAAUUCAGGUGCGUAGCCAAAUCAUGGCCUCCUCUAAUCGCUCAUCCUCACUUCAUCAAGCUUCAUCUCGCACGAUCCACCUCCGACCCUACACAGGGUUGUCACUUCCUCCUUUACUAUGAAUCCAGCGAUUACACCAAAGAUUCAUACUCUUUGCGUUGCAUAAACACAUUCGAUGAACACAUGAAUCUUGAAUUCCCAUUCAAGAGUGUUCAUGGAUACAUAAGAAUUGUGGGUUCGAGUCGAGGGUUAAUCUGUUUGUUCGAUACUAAUUAUUUCACAUAUAUUGGUAGGAUUAUUCUGUGGAACCCUGUAAUUAGGAAGUCUAAAUUUAUUCCCAAUUCACACCUUUCUCAUCGGUUUCGUGAUUCUUUUUCUCAUAUGGUUGUUGGGUUUGGGUUUGUUUCCAAGAUUGAUGAUUACAAGGUAGUACAGAUUUUGUAUGAUUCGGACCGUUUAGCUAUACCUGAUGUGUUGGUUUAUACCAUGAAGAGUAAUUUUUGGAGAAAAGUUGGGGCUGUGGCUCCAUGUUAUAUUCCGAAAUGUUGGACUAAUAAUGUGUAUGUGAAUGGAACUGUGCAUUGGAUGGCGUAUAAGAGACCGAAGGAAGAUGGUGUCUGUGACUCAAUCAUGUCAUUUGAUAUGAGUGAUGAGGUUUUUUGGGAGAUGGGUAUGCCCAAUAACCUCAGUCUUAACUACAAUAAAGUCCAUUUGGCUGUUUCGGAUUCUGGGGAGUCACUGGCUCUAAUUCUCUAUUUUGAAAGUGGACUUGGUGACUGGUGGGAGAUAUGGUUCAUGAACGAGUAUGGCGUGGUAGAGUCAUGGACGAAACAAUUCAUAAUUGAGCAAGCUCAAAUCUCAUUCCCUUUGUGUUUUCUGAAUAAUGGUGAACUUCUAUUUGUAUUGUACAAUGGAAAGCUGGUUUUCUAUGACCCUGGGGACCAACAAGUUAAGGAUCUUGAAAUUUACGGUUUACCAGGUUCCUUUCGUGUUGUUAGUUACAUGACGAGCCUAGUGUUACUGGACGGAGGAAAUGAAGUCUUGGAGUAGGAGAGUUUGUUUAAUAGAAUAUGUAUGAUAGUGCAUUUUUGUUAAAUUUAUUGGAGGAGAUGACAGCGUGAAGAGACAUUAACAAGAAAAAGGGUUAGAAGAAUAAAAAUGGGAGAAUCAACAGAUGCAAGGCUAUUAUGUAUUCUGUUCAUCAAGCGUUUUAUCUCAUUACUGUUCUUGAUUGUAAUACUACCUAUUGCCUGUCAAAAGUAAAUAUCAGUUAUAUUUAUGAAAAUCAGAAUGAGCAAUGUAGUAAUGUUCUAUUAGUUCUCUAGGUGCUCAUACAGUUGUAAAAUAUCAUAAUAUUGGCUUACUUAUAUACAUUUAUAUUUUUCACAGACUUAA